AUGCCGCUGAUCCCUGAACAGAAACGCGACUUCUAUUCUGGCCCAUCACACUUGCAUGAUAAUCCCAAUCGAGGCCUGCAGGCUCGAAAACGCAGAAUAAUCGUGGGCAUGACCGGUGCCACGGGUUCUAUCAUAGGAGUCCGGGUGCUCGAGGCUCUUCGAAAGCUGGACGUCGAAACGCACUUGAUUAUGAGCAAGUGGGCUGAGGCAACACUCAAGUACGAAACCAACGAUUAUACUCCCUCAGAUAUACGAGCACUGGCGACGCACAACCAUGCCAUCAAAGACGUAUCGGCACCCGUCUCGAGCGGCUCUUUUCUCACAGAUGGCAUGAUCAUCGUCCCAUGCAGCAUGAAGACUUUGGCGGGAGUCCGGAUAGGUUACGCAGACGAUCUCAUUUCUCGGGCGGCCGAUGUUGUCUUGAAGGAGCGACGAAGGCUUGUGCUUGUUGUGCGUGAAACUCCCUUGAGUAGCAUUCACCUGGAGAACAUGGCAAGUCUGAGCCGUAGCGGAGCCAUCAUAUUUCCACCAGUUCCCGCUUUCUACACAAAGCCAGAAACGAUAGAUGAUAUCGUGGACCAGACUGUGGGAAGAAUCCUGGAUAUGUUUCACCUGGACACCUCCGGGUUCGAGCGAUGGAGUGGUAUGAAAUGGAAAUGA